AUGAGCAGUUCGGCUGGUUUGUCCGCGAGGUACAAUCAUCACGAUGCAGGUGCCGAUGGAGCCAUUGCGCAAUACGGUCCAUAAGAUUAUACACAAAAGAAGAGGGACAGAAGAUCCCCAAAGAGAGGGAUAUGAUAUACACGCCGCUGACACGCGGUGGGCACAAGGAGUCGGUGCGGUGCGUUGGACGGCAGGAUCUACCAUGUAUCAACUGAGCCAGAAGGCUCAUACUAUAAGUACGGCCACUCUCGAAGGAUAGCCGGAACACUCUACCGCCCCCCAAUACGGCCGCAAGUUGUUUCAUCCUCAUGUCGUCCAUUGGCACUUACGCAGAAGACGACUUUACUUGGCGUCAGCGAUGGCAGACCGGUAAUCUUGUGAGGAAGGACCCGUCUCAAGCAUUGCCCGUACUCCCACCUGAAGUGUGGGAGCACAUAAUCAAGAUGGAAUCAGGAGAUAACAAGACAUUGAAGGCAUGCGCCCAUGUGUGCCGUUCAUGGUACUUCGAGAGUCGCAUCACGUCGUUCGCCCAUCUACUCUGCCGAAAUCAAGCAGACGUGCGAUGCUACGUGAAUUUAUUGAAAUCACCGAGGGCGCAUUUACCGUCAUUGCGAGAGCGCACCAGAAGUUUGUGCAUCGAACCUCAAUACCCCAGCCGAUGCUCAAUCCUCUCGACUGCAGUCACUGAGCUCGCAGGAGAGUUACCCCGGCUAGAUUCAAUUUCUAUACGUUACACGGAUUGGCAACCAUCAGAGAUGCACAAAGACGCGUUCGCUCCUUUGUCCAGGUUGUCUUCUGUCACACAACUCCAUCUUUACCGCGUCAAAUUCCCUUCGAUCAAUGUCUUCCAUCGCCUCAUUUCCGCUCUUCCAAGACUUACGGGAUUGGAAUGUUGCCUUGUUUCGGUCGGAGGAGUUUCGUCCUAUCAUUCUGCCUGCAAGAGCAGUGUCAGUCUCAAGCGGCUGCAUAUUGAUGAAAAGUCGUAUGAGAUUAUCCCAUCUAUGACUUCCACUCGAAUGCUGGACGCACUGGAGGUAGCUGAGCUGGAGGGUGAUCGCACGAUGAUGUCCCAAUUGCAUGCUUGGCAAACUCAGCGAUUGCUGUCUUCUGCCGGCGGAUCACUCUUGGAACUACAAAUCGAAGCAGACGCUGGCUCUGCUGUAGAAGAGGCUGUUAGACAUGAUAUCGGCGUAGCUCUGAAAGCUAAUUCAAAGCUCCAAAAGCUGCGACUCCGACUCAAGACUUGGCAUCUCGACGCAGUCUAUCUUAGAUGGCUCAACGCCAUGUUGGCCACCAUCACGUCAAACCAGCUCAGACAGAUCACAGUGCUUCUGAUGGGCCGCAGCGAGAAACCACUGGCUGGAAAGCAGUCCAUUGAAACCUAUGCUUUACGUAUCGAUAGCGUUGACAUUUUCAGUCAACCAGCUACGAGCUCGCAAUUAGAUGAUCUCCUAUCGUCUAAGCAGUUCGAAGCUCUCGCUGAAGUGGACUUCCAACUCCAAGAUUUCUCCCUUGGAUGGAAAGAUCUUCAGCCACUUGGUCAACGACUGAGUUCUCGAAUUGUUUCCCAAUAUCCUAAACUCCACAAGCGAGGGGUUCUCCGAACCAGCGUCAUUGACUACUACGGCAAUGUCCUGACGUUGUAAGGGCGCAGGCGCUCAUCCAGAUUUCAGCCAUUUCGGUCAUUUUCUGACGCAACAUCGUAUUCAACAUACUUAUUCGUGAUUGAAGAACGAUAUCGGGAGCGGCAUUACGUAUAUUCGCGGGAGGGCUAGACAC